AUGCACCGCCUACGCGAACAAGCAGAGAAAGAAGAGAAGCGCAUCAAGCAACUCGUGGGAAGCUGCGUUCCAGGACCAUCUGCACCAACGAGACCAGGAGGAAGAGCUUUUGCGGGAUUCCACCAACAAGGAUUCCAAGAAUUCCAAGACAACUGCUCCUUCCAAACUCCAAAGAUUGCGACCAAUGGAACCUUCCACACCGCAUUGACAACCCCUCCAGCACCAGAGCAAAAUGUUCGAGUCACCGACGGACAAGGAAGACAAUUGUUGGUCCCGACAUCAGACAGCAAACUAUACUGCCCACAAGCUGCCCUAACAAUGCUAGCAUGCAUGAGUGCCGCCAAAGAAGCAUUCAACAUCGAAGAAGAAAGUGACAAAACAUCCUCGAUCCAUUGUUGGGGAUGCCAAAAGAUAGGCCACACAUUCCGAGAAUGCCCCCACAAAGGAGAUCCGGGAGUUAUCAGCCAGUUUGAAAAAAGCCUAGAGGACUACAGACUAA